UCGAAGCAGCCGCACAAGUAAAACCCAUAAUCGACAUCCUGUUGGACAACAUCGGGUCAUAGAAAUGUAUCAUAUCAGAUUCCAUGACCCGAAUUUUGGGGCCAAUGAAAUCCCCAAAUCAUCAUCGGAUUCGUAUUAACACAAGGUGAGAGAGAGAGAGAGAGAGAGAUAGGGCAGAGCUGAGCAGAGGUUGGAGAAGAUGACGAAGCUUGGUGCUUUUGCUGUAAUCAAAUUCAUGGAAGCUUUUUAUACUUGCCGAAAAGCAAACAAAUCGUUGCGUUUCUUUGGUACUCACUUUCACUCUCACUCUCACUCUCACUCUCACUCUAAUACUGUAAACCCUAGUCCUGUUUUUACAACGAGUACAAUCAAAAAAGACCAAGCUUUAUUGGGUUUGGGGCACAAUGAUCUCCAAGACGCGGUAGAGUUGUUCAAUGGCAUAUUCAAAACGGGACCUUUGCCCCAAAUUUCUCAAUUCAAUAAAGCGUUAGGGACUAUUGCGAGAAUGGGUCAUUACGCCACUGCUCUUUCUCUUAUUCACAAGUUGCAGUUCCUGCAAGGCAUUCAGGUCGAUCUCUAUACCUUCAGCAUUGCAAUUAACUGUUAUUGCCACCUUAAUCGAGUCCAUUUCGGGUUCUCUGUUUUGGGUACCCUUUUCAAAUGCGGUUAUUCACCUAAUGUAUGUAUCUUCAACACUCUGAUAAAUGGACUUAUUUUGGAAGAUAAAACUCCUGAAGCUGUGGAGUUAUUUAACAAAUUAAUGAGAAAUAGAGAAAUUGAACCCAACGUGGUUAUGUAUGGAACCCUUGUUAAUGGGCUUUGCAGAACAGGGAACACUAGCAGGGCUGUUAGUUUGCUUAGGAUAAUGGAAGAGGGAAGUUGUAAACCUGACACCGUAGUGUAUAGCACGAUCAUUGACAGUCUUUGCAAGGAUAGAAUGGCGGAUGAUGCACUCAAACUCUUUUUUAAAAUGAAAGAAGAAGGCAUUCGUCCAAAUGUUGUCACUUAUACUUCUUUGAUUGAUGGCCUGUGUAGUUUUGGUCGGUGGACAGAGGCUUUCGGAAUGUUAAGAGAAAUGCUUGAUAGCGGUAUUUCUCCAAAUAUUUGUACAUUUAAUGUGUUGGUGGAUGCACAUACUAAGGAGGGGAUGGCGAAAGAGGCAGAGGAGGUACUUGAAGUCAUGAUACAAAGAGGUGUGGAUCCUAAUGUAGUCACAUACAAUACUCUAAUGGAUGGAUACUGUUUGCAAGGUCGGAUGGACGAAGCAAUUAGAGUGUUCAAUACCAUGGUGGAUAGAGGUCUUCACCCUAAUGUUCGUAGCUAUAACAUUCUAAUCAACGGAUAUUGCAAGAAGAUGAAAAUGGAUGAGGCCAUGCAUCUCUUUCAAGAAAUGCCUCGAAGGGGGUUGAAACCCAACAAUGGAACUUUCAACACUAUUUUACAAGGUUUGUUUCGAUCAAGCAGAUGUUCAGCUGCUCAAGAACUUUUUAAUGUGAUGCAAGCUGUGGGCAUAAUUCCAGAUUCUCAAACUUAUACUAUCUUGUUGGAUGGGUUGUGCAAAAAUGGGCGUAUAGUAGAAGCAUGUUCAUUAUUGCAGUUAAUGGAAGGAAACAAUUUACAGCUUAAUAUUGUUAUGUACAGUAUCCUCAUUGAUGGAUUCUGCAAGGUUAAAAAGCUUGAUACUGCAAGGGCUCUUUUCAAAAAUCUUUCUUCCAAGGGAUUACAUCCUGAUGUUAAGACAUACACUAUUAUGAUACAAGGUCUUUGUGAAGAAGGCCUACUAGAUGAAGCCAAAGAGUUGUUUGUGAAAAUGGAAGAGAAUGGUUGUUUGCCAAAUGAUGUCACUUACAACAUUGUCAUUCAAGGAUUUCUUGGACAACAAAAGUGCCAUGAGGCAUUGGUGCUCCUUGAGGAAAUGAUUGGAAGGGGUUUUUCACCAGAUGCAUCUACUUCUGCCUUGAUUGUUGAUCUAAUCACACUCACAACUAAAAGACAGGAUCAUCCUCUGCAAGAUGUGAUUAAGAAGUUCAUGCGAAAUGAUAGACAGGGAAUCCAAAAAAUUGAGUAAAUUUCUCAAGUUGUGAAGAUUAUCAGGUGUGGACUUUUGUAGUGGAUGGCUCGUGGAGGAAAGACACAAUGGCUGCUGGUUUUGCUUGGAUUUGCUACAGUAGUCAGCAAUGUGAAGUAGCUCCAAGGGCGGUGGGUCUUCGUCUAUCAUCACCACUGAUGGCAGAAGCAAAGGCAGUAAUGGAUGCACUUAGCUGGGCCAAAGAUCAUCAACUUAAGUGUAUCCAUCUUUACGGACUGCCAAGUUUUGAUCAAUCUGACUUAAUCAAAAGGGUGAACGUAAUUGGAGGGUUGCUUCUAUUAUAAAUGAUAUGCUGCUAUUAGUUAAGUUUUUGUGUACUUUCUUUGUAUAUAUAAGGUUGCUAGAAUGGUGAUCAAACCAUCUCAUGAGCUAGUAAAAUCUGUAAACACUAUUCCUAAGUAAUGCAAGUUUGUUCUGCUUUCUGGAAAAAAAAAAAAGAAAAAAGAAAGAGAAUUCCAUA